UUCGGUAGACACACUAACCGUAGGUGUUUUUAAUGCUCGCUCCACGUUCGUCUCGUUAGAUCAGUGUGCGUAUCGCCUCGAUCGUCCUUGUGACGUUACACGCGUUUCUCUUCUGUUUCGAUCGUGUCGUUUAAUUUUUCGUCAUCAAAAUCGAGUGGUGAAAAGAUCAAGAUGAGUUGCAUCUCGGAUUGUAUUAAAUAUUUGCUUUUUAUUUUUAAUUUUAUAUUUUUGAUAUGUGGGUUGGCUAUUUUAACUCUUGGCGUUAUUGUACAUCUGCAAGUGUCAGGAAUAACCGAUCACAUUGAUACCAAUCUUUUAUUCCCAUCGAUAACGUUGAUUGUUAUCGGCAGCAUAAUCUUCGUAAUAUCAUUUUUCGGAUGCUGUGGCGCCAUCCGGGAGAGUCAUUGCAUGACAAUUACCUUCGCAUCAUUCCUUUUGUUCAUCUUGAUCGUGCAAGUGGCAGUUGCUGUUUAUGUGUUUGUUGUUGUUAAAAACAACGAUGACAAGGUUGAUAUCACAGAGAACUACGAGAAGGUAUUCAAAAAUUACGGUAUGAACAACGACAGCACAAAAAUGAUUGAUCUUGUGCAGAGUAGCUUGCAUUGCUGUGGUGUCUAUUCUUCGAAAGAUUUCAUUCUCCACAACCGCUCUAUUCCGCCAAGUUGCUGUGGCUUAACAGAAGAGCAAACCUGCUCUUCAAAGGAUGUGUAUGAGGUAGGCUGUGUGCAAGAACUAAAGCGAGCGAUUUCGAACGCUGGAACUAUACUUGGCAGCUUAGCUAUUGCUAUUGCCGGUGUUGAGUUGAUCGGAAUCGUAUUCGCACUUUGCUUGGCAAAUUCUAUAAGGAACGCUGAACGCAGGGGCUACAGAGUGUAAGAGUUCAAAGAUAAAUGAAAGAAAUAUAUAUUAAAAA